CGGAAGUGUUCUCCGAGCCUGAGCGAGAGCUUAAUGGCGGAUAGUGGAUGGUGGAGUGCUUAGUUCAUACAAACUCCUGCCACGAGAGAAAUUGUGAUAAAUCCUUCCUUUUCUGUCUGUUUCCUGAACUGCAGCCGCUGUAAACAAUGAUUGAAGCCAUGAAGCGCGGCGCGGACAUGGCGCUCGUUCCCGCGGGGGUGAAGAGGCCGAGGACCGAGCUGGUGGCCGCGGCUCAGUCCCAACAACUCGCUACCAUGGGUCCUCCACGCAGCUCCAGUUUGCAGGCUCCUAUAAUGUUGUUGUCUGGCCAUGAGGGAGAAGUCUACUGCUGCAAGUUUCACCCGAACGGCUCCAUGCUCGCUUCUGCAGGAUACGACCGCCUCAUCUUGUUAUGGAACGUGUAUGGAGAAUGUGAAAACUUUGCCACACUAAAGGGCCACACCGGAGCUGUAAUGGAGCUUCAUUAUAAUACAGACGGCAGUCUGCUCUUUUCAGCCAGUACGGAUAAGACAGUUUGUGUGUGGGACAGCGAGACGGGUGAACGUGUGAAGCGACUGAAAGGCCACACGUCCUUUGUAAACUCUUGUUUUCCUGCUCGCCGUGGUCCACAGCUGGCCUGCACUGGCAGUGACGAUGGAACUGUGAAGCUGUGGGACAUCAGGAAGAAGGCGUCCGUUCAUACGUUCCAAAACACAUACCAGGUUCUAAGUGCUACCUUUAACGACACCAGUGACCAGAUCAUCUCAGGAGGCAUCGACAAUGACAUCAAGGUAUGGGACCUGAGACAGAAUAAGCUGAUUUACAGCAUGCAGGGACAUGGAGACUCAGUGACGGGACUCAGUCUCAGCUCAGAGGGAUCCUACUUACUGUCCAACUCCAUGGACAACAGUGUGCGCGUGUGGGAUAUCCGUCCAUUUGCCCCUAAAGAGAGAUGUGUGAAGAUUUUCCAGGGAAAUGUCCACAAUUUUGAAAAGAAUCUUCUGCGCUGCUCUUGGUCACCAGAUGGCAGUAAGAUAGCGGCAGGCUCCGCUGACAGGUUUGUGUAUAUCUGGGACACGACCUCUCGUAGAAUCCUUUAUAAGCUUCCUGGUCAUGCGGGAUCAGUCAACGAGGUGGCCUUCCAUCCAGAGGAACCCGUUGUGCUGUCUGGAUCCAGUGAUAAGCGCCUCUACAUGGGGGAAAUUCAGUAGUGUGUGUGUGUGUGUGUGUGUGUGUGUGUGUGUGUGUGUGUGUGUGUGUGUGUGUCUGAGUGCCCGAGAGAGCAUGGCGGUAGGGGUGGGGAUUAAUGAUUUUGAGAAACAGAAAAAUUCAAUUUUGAGACAGUCCUUGGCCGUGGAUAGAAUGUUCAGUUCCUUUUCUAUGCUUUUAAUAAACUCAUUUUUGGAUAAA